AUGUACCACCAGGUUCACAGUCUGGACGCUCCAGGUCAAAAGUUUAGGACCAAGGGAGGUGAUGUCCAGUUUGUGAACCGGUGCCGCCUGUACAUAGAUGAUGGCGAGGAGCGCAAAAACAUUGCCAUGGGUAGAUCAUUGAACUCAGAAGUCAUUGAUGAAAUUAAUACAUAUCUUCUUUCCUGUAAUCCUUUCAUCAAUGAUUUCCGUAGAUUGAGUGAUGAGCCUUCAGUCAACGCUCAUUUGGAAUUUGAAGUGACCAGCAGAUCUACCCAUGGCCCUGUUCUUGGAGAUAGGCAAACAGGCAUUGAAGUGCACGCUGUAUUGAGCAAUGAAGACACCAUAACUGAUCCAAGAAAAUUGACCAUCUGGAAGAAGAGUGAUAGGCGUCCGUCUUCCGUUGACCUCUUUAGCCCCUUAAUGGAGCCUUUCCAAUAUCCGUUGCUCUAUCCUCAAGGUAAUUUAGGGUGGCAUAUUGGGCGCUUAGACAACCACGGGGGGAAACUUUCACAAUACAAUUACUCUAGAUGUCUCCUCCUCUCCGAUCCCCGUUUCUCGCAUUUCGGCAGGCUGUCUCAAGCAUGGCAGGUCGAGAUGUUCGCGAGGUACGAGGAGGAGCGUCUAAGAUUUAUUCGUUUCUCCCAAACGCGUUCUGCUGCUCAAAAUUCCUUGAGGAUAGGACCACUGGACGAGCUCCUUGAAGCUCAACGGGGUAGGCAAGCUGGUGGGCAGGUUUUAGGCGACAUCACCCGCGAUGAAACAGUCUUGGGUGAGGGUGGGGUGCAGGCUGGAAAAGUUUACCUCCCAAGUUCGUUUACCGGUGGACCCAGAUACAUGAAGGUACAUUACGAGAACGCAAUGGGCCUUGUGUCUCGUCUGGGUUCACCUACGUUUUUCCUGACGUUCACCUUCAGUGCUACUUGGGAGGAAAACAAGAAGGCCUGCCCUCACAACAGCGGGCGCAGUGACCCCUCAACAGCCUGCAGAAUCUUCCAGAUUAAACUUGGCGAACUCCUCCGAGAUCUGCGCAGCGGAGCAAUGUUUAGCCGUCCGGCACGUGACAUUGACUCCGUAAUACGCGCAGACAUCCCUUCGGAGGAGGAAGCCGCUGGAAGACUCAGGAAGUUGGUGCUGAAACACAUGAUUCAUGGUCCAUGUGGUACUGACCACCGCACCGACUUCCUGUGCUGGGACUCUGCAAAGGGGCACUGCAACAAGUUCUACCCCAAGCCUGCCUGCCAAACCACCCACGUGGACGAGAGGGGGUUCGUCCAAUACAAACGAGACUACACAAACGAAGGCUUUAUCACAUCACGUAGGAGACAGAUCAAAGUGCAUGAUGGCUGGGUCGUUCCGUACAAUUCCGCAUUACUGCUCAAAUACGAGGCGCGCAUAAACUUGGAGCUUGCUUCUACUCGUCGCGUAAUCAAGUACCUCUUUAAGUACCUCAUGAAAGGCGGUUCUCUCCAGAACGUAACCGUCACUCCCCUGGGAAACAAGAGGAUGAGGUCGAGCAUUACGUGA